AUGGCCUGGCGAAGCUCCGGCGCGACAAAUAAAGACCUGGUCGAGAACAUGUGGCGGCAUGGCCUCAUCAAAGACCAACGAGUCAAAGACGCCUUUCUCAAGGUUGACCGGGCACACUACGCUCCCGCUGCACCGUACGAAGACUCGCCCCAGUCCAUAGGCCAUAAGGCCACCAUCUCGGCACCUCACAUGCACGCCAGUGCCACCGAGUCUCUCCUCCCGCAUAUCCUGCCCUCCGAAACGAGGCCCGCGCCGCGGGUGCUGGACGUCGGUUCGGGAUCGGGAUACUUGACGCACCUGCUUGCCGAGCUCGUGGGUGAUAGAGGGCUCGUUGUCGGGCUGGAGCAUAUCCAGGCGCUCAAAGACAUGGGCGAGACCAAUAUGGCCAAAAGUGCCGAGGGGAGGGCACUCUUGGAUAGCGGCAAGGUCAAGUUCCGGGUCGGUGACGGACGGAAGGGCUGGGUGGAGGCGCCGCGGGGCGGGGAGACGCGUGAUUCUACGGGUUGGGAUGCCAUCCAUGUUGGUGCUGCCGCGGUGGAGCUUCACCAGGAGUUGGUGGACCAGCUACGGGCGCCUGGCAGGAUGUUCAUCCCCGUCGAGGAUGACAACGGCUACGAUCAAUACGUUUGGGCCAUUGACAAGAAGGAGGACGGGUCCGUUGUGAAGGAGAAGCUAUUCGGGCCACUUGGGAACUUCGUCAUCUACGAAGGAGACAAUGCGCCAGACUUUGCUAUUCUCUCCCAUACCUGGGAAGCAGAGGAGGUUACAUUGCAAGAUGUGCACGAUGCCCAGAAGGACAUCACACUGAUGGCCGGAUACCCCAAGAUCACGGGAGCCUGCCGACUUGCUCAAAGUCAGGGGUACGACUACAUCUGGAUCGAUACGUGCUGCAUCGACAAGACGAGCAGCGCCGAAUUGUCCGAGGCCAUCAACUCCAUGUUCAACUGGUACGAACAGGCUAGUAUUUGCUACGUCUACCUCUCCGACCUGGACUACUCGAUAUACCAGCAGCCAGGUAUGACUGCUCCGUUGGAACUGGCGCUGCGCGAAUGCCGAUGGUUUACUCGCGGCUGGACGCUCCAGGAGCUCAUCGCCCCCGACAACGUCGACUUUUACGACAAGAGCUGGCAUCUUGUUGGCUCCAAACUCGACGAGUCACUCGGUCCCGCGCUCGCAAACGUCACGGGAAUCAGUCUCGACAUCCUGAACAAGACUGUUCCCCUGGAGUCGUCGAGCGUCGCCGAGCGCAUGCACUGGGCCUCGUCGAGAGUCACGACCCGCAAGGAGGACCUGGCCUACAGCCUUAUGGGCAUCUUUGGCGUCAACAUGCCGCUGCUGUACGGCGAGGGGAUGAAGGCUUUUGCGCGGCUGCAGGAGGCCAUACUCCAGGAUACGGGAGACCAUUCCAUUUUCGCGUGGCACAGCAACUACGAGACGUCUACGCAGGAGGCGGCGUUUGACCAGCAUAUCCUCAGCGGCCUGCUUGCUCCGUCGCCGGUUGAGUUUUCCCAGUUUCAGUACCUUCGCCCGUUGCCGGCGUUCGGGACGACGGGGCAGCAGCCGAUCCAGCUUACGAACCAGGGGAUUAGGAUUUCCAUGUACCUUGAGCCCGUGGACGAUGACCAAGGCGGUGAUGACGGCAGCGCGGCGGACGACUUUUACGCUGUUUUGGACUGCGCUAUCCAGGGCGAGAACGGGGAUCAGUGCCCGCGCAUCAUGCUGAGGAAGUUGUCGGGGAACCAGUACGCCCGGGUCCGGACGGGGAGUGUCUGCACGGUGAUCCCGGCGCCGGAUUCGACGAGGCCGGGGCGGGGAAGCUACAAGACUGUUUUCGUCAAACGGAGCCCGGCGUAUGUUUUGCCGGAUAUUUCUGUCCUCAAGGCGGGUUGGAAGGCGGGUGGCGCCCGGGAGGCGUAUCGGGUUGUCGAUUCAUAUCCCACGGGGCCGUGGGUGCCGAGUUUGGGGAUUCUGAGGACGGGGAACCCGUAUUUUGAGCCGGUGCUUGCUGGGUUGCGGUUUGAGUCGCCGACGAACGCGCGGAUUCAGGUGGAUGUUGUCGUCGGGUGGAGGAGGGUGGAUGGGGAGUGGAAGGUGUGGUGUCAUGCUUGUGAGGCGCAGGCUGAUUUGGAGGUUGAUGUGCUGUGGGGGGAUACGCAGUUUGCCGUGUCUGGUGGGCUGGAUCAGUUUGUUGAGACGGAUGUGGAGGUCAAGGUCCAAGUCGAGGGAGAUGUUGCACGGAAUUGGAGGAGUAGAGGGUUCGCUCAGGUCAAGAGGCAUGAGGUUCCUGUGCGCGUGAGGUUGGUGGAGGUUGAUAGGCUUGGGAGGAAGGGGGUUAGGAUCGAGUGUUGUGCGCCGUUGCAGCCGCAUAUUCCUGGCUAUCAGAAGACGGGGCUCUUGCCGUGGGACGAAUAUGAUUGA